AUGGAUAGCACCCCUGGUUUUGUUAACCUGCUCAAUAGCCAAUGUUCUUUUGAUCUUGAUUCACCCGAACCUGCUUGGUUCAGUAGCCAAUGUCCAUAUGAGUCUACCGUGAAGGAGAGGAGGAAAUGGUCUCCAAAAGAGGAUAAAAUCCUUAUUGGUGCUUGGCUUAACACCAGUAAGGACCCUGUGGUCAGCAACGAGCAGAAAGCUGGUGCUUUCUGGAAGAGGAUUCAAGACUACUACAACUCAAGCCCUCACCUGGUUGGAACAACACCUAGAAAACUUGUUCAGUGCAAGCAGAGGUGGUCUAGGAUUAACGAUCAAGUCUGCAAGUUUGUUGGUUGCUUUGAAGCGGCUCUGAGAGAGCAGAGAAGUGGUCAAAAUGAUGAUAAUGCUAAGGACACUGUCAAGGAAAAGCGCAAACAAGUGUUGGAGGUUGAUGGACAAGAGGAAGUGGGAGAACCAGAGGGUCGACCUGUUGGAGUGAAGGCUGCUAAAGCAGCUAGUAAGAGGAAGAAGAGUGGUAAAGAAGAGGAGUUGUCACAGAUACAUGCCAUGCUGGAAAUCAAAGAAAAACUUUCUAAGCAGAAACUGCUUGAACGUUUACUUGGCAAAAAGGAGCCACUCUCUGAGAUGAAAACAUCUCUUAAACUCAAACUGAUGUCUGAGAUGUUAUGA